UCAAUUCCAAGUAGCCGGCUCAUGUCUUGCAAGUCGAUAAACAAUUCGUUAUCGAAUUCAGAGUUAUGGCAAUUAGGUAGUGCUUUUGUAUUUAAUUUUAAUUAUUGUGCAAAACAAAACGUAUAAGUAAAUAAAGAAACUCAUAAUGAUGCUGGCGACACGUCUAACGCUCUGCAACAGUCUACGCACUCUGCGAACACACACACAACUACAACGCAACUCGAACUGGACAACAACAGCAACAACAAUUGGUAGCAGGCAUAUAAACAAACGGUUCUUCGCCUCGAGUAUAAUCAAGGAGACAACCGAAUCACCUGCAGCAACUGGCCCCACUGAGUCUGUAGUCAAAGCGCCGCUUAAAGGACGCGUGAAGACGCUGCCACAGGUGGACGAACCGUUGGAGACGGCACUAUCGCCAAGUCGCACACGAGCGUUGCGCAAGAAGCGUUUGGCCAUCGAUGAGUUGUCAGCACUGGGAUUUCUCAAGACACGCGGAUAUACGACGGCCGAUGAAUACAAUCUGGAGGAGUUGCAUGCGGCACUGCGCCAACAGAAUCUAUACGAAACGAAACGUUUCUUCUCCACCGACAAUUUGGGCGUCGAACAGAAUGUUCUGUUCGUCACAGCGAAAUAUCCGACAGGCGAACAGCCACGUGAAAUAUUCUUUUUCCGUGAAGGAUCUGUGGUGUUUUGGAAUUGCACCGACAUCGAAACGAAUAAUGUGCUCAAUUUUCUACGCAGCUUCGAACGAGAAUCGUAUGUGAGUGCUUUGGUCCAUGGAGAAAGUGAAAUGAUGCCAUACACGUACAUAGCAUCGACAGCUGUCGAUGUCGAAGGUGAUCCGGUAGUGGAUUCGUCCGGCGAUUUGGAUGUGGCAUCGCGCGCCUUCUUUCAGAAUGGCAAAUUCUAUGUGACGCCGGACAGCGAUAAUUUCCUCUACAAAUACACAUUCUCCAAUGCGAUCGCCCAGUCGAUUAAGCUGGGUCUGUGGGAAGCCACAUUGGAUCGCUAUAUCGAUUCUAUGGAGUAUCUUACCGAAGAUCUGAAGCGUGGACGACGUUUGCGCAUCUCACGUGCCGCCAUGUUGCGCAAAACGGGUGAAUUGUUUGCCUUGCGGCAUUCCAUUAACUUGUCAUCGGAUCUUUUGGAUGCACCCGAUUUCUAUUGGGAUCGCGAGGAGCUGGAGGGAUUGUAUUUGCAGGUGUGCUCAUAUUUUAGCAUUUCGCGUCGCACCAAGGUGAUGAACGAGAAGAUCAAUCAUUGUGUGGAGCUGGCAGAGUUGGUGUCACAUAAUUUGAACGAUGCCCAUCACAUACGCCUGGAGUGGAUGAUCAUUAUACUGAUUAUGGUCGAGGUGGGAUUCGAGAUAUUACAUUUUGUCGAUGGUGCAUUUCAUCAGAACGAAGCGGUGACUGCUUAUCCCAUUUCCCAAGCUAGCGCUUAGCUAGUAUGUUUUUGUAUUUGCAGUGUAUAAGUUUGUUAUAUGAAUAC